AUGUCCUUGUUCCGGAUGUGGGGAGUGCAGAUGAGUCCACAGCAGCUGGAUGCACGCAGAUGUGUAGAUGGGAAUAUUGUGACUUGGAGAGAGCAAGAUUGGGAUUAUCAGAAGUGUCCACCCAUUCCGGAUGACAACUUUCUUUGCGAAUCAUCAAAAUAUCAAAUUCAACUGAACACAGCUAUUACACAAAAUAUCAAUAAUGAUCAUACUGAAAAUGAUAUCCAGGAGAUUGUUUUAAUCUGGCUGAAGCAUGUUUUCCCUCAGAAAAUAUCAGUGCAUUCUGUGUUCCUGUUAAAUUUAAGCCCUCAAACAGGAGCUGGUUUAGCGGGACAAAAUAUGGAGGAAAUUCAGGGCACUGUAAAGUCACCAGUCAAGACACAAUGGUUUGAUUGUGUGGUGUUUGUGAGAGUGAUACCUGCAGCUGAUGUGAGUGAAACAGUGGCUAUGAUACAGGGGCUGUUAAUACCCAUCUAUAUCUACAACAACAUCCUCCUGAAAACAAACCCAGCAUCUGUAAACAUCCUCUCAGUAGCUGUCUUUCCCAACACGACUUCAAAUCCUGCUUUGACCACUGUUGCACCAGUCUCAACUCAUAUGCAAAACAUUUUGUUCUUCAGGAACUCGCACAGCAUCACAAACACUGGCAAUGGAAAAGAUCUGUUUAAUCACUUCAGGCUUCAUUUCAAACAGAGUAUGUUAAACGGGGCAACUGACAAAGCAGUGUGGGAUCAUCCAGACAUGAGCAAGUGUAUUCGGACUUUAUCUACAUCUUGGAUGGCCUACCUUAUGGGAGACAGGACGGUGUUCGAGGGAGAUGCUCAUAACAUGACAGCACCUUCAUUAGCACUUCAGCUGAUCAACCCUGACACCUCUCAGUUCCAGAAUCCAGUGGUGAGCAAAAUUCUUUCUAUUACAGACCUUAUGGGAGACAGGACGGUGUUCGAGGGAGAUGCUCAUAACAUGACAGCACCUUCAUUAGCACUUCAGCUGAUCAACCCUGACACCUCUCAGUUCCAUGGUCUCACAUUCGAGGUGUCCUCCUUACUGAAUGAUAGCACCCCUGAGAUAUUUUAUGACAAGAACUUUACAGUGCAUCCAGACACAGGAACUAUAGCAUUCAUUUCUUUACCUCAUGCAAUUGAGAGCUUUUUCCCGAACAAUGGAGCCAGACCUCGUGUACAGUUUCAUUUUUAUGGCACAGAAAAUUUCUUUGAGGACCCCACAGCCAACAUGAAGCUGAACUCUUAUGUAGUAUCUGCCAGUGUCACCAAUGCCACAGUAAGCAACCUUGAGAUCCCCGUGAUGGUCACUUUCCGCCAUCUCCAAAACAAAGAGGAUUGGGACACUGUUAAGUGUGUCUACUGGGACUUCAACAAAAACAAUGAUAAAGGUGGAUGGAAUGAUACAGGAUGUGAGACAGUGAUGUCUAAUGCCACUUAUACAUCCUGUUCCUGUGAUCACCUCACACAUUUUGGAGCUCUUCUGGAUAUCUCUAAAACCCCAAUAAGUGCGAAAGACGAAAGGAUUCUUACUAUCAUCUCGUACCUGGGCAGUGGCAUAUCCUCCAUCUUUCUUGGAGUCACACUGUUGACCUAUUCGGCCUUUGAGAAACUGAGGCGAGACUACCCUUCAAAGAUCCUUAUUAACCUCUCCGUAGCCUUGCUAGGGUUGAACAUGCUCUUCCUUGUGAACUCCUGGCUUGCCUCUUUUAACAGCAAUGCCAUCUGUAUUACUGUAGCAGCCUUUCAACAUUACUUUUUCCUAGCUACCUUUACUUGGAUGGGACUGGGUGCAAUCAACAUGUACCUGGCCUUGGUCAAGGUCUUUAAUUCAUAUGUGCCAUCUUACAUCCUCAAAUUCUGUGCACUUGGAUGGGGUUUACCUCUGCUGGUUGUAAGUUUAGUGCUUGCCAUUGAUAUCAAUUCAUAUGGCACCGGCCUCUCCAGAGAAAUUCUCCAAGAAUCCACUGCAUUUUGCUGGUUAAAGAAUGACGUGACCUUUUAUGUGACGGUGGUUUCCUUCGUGACCCUGGUCAUGAUCUGUAACAUCAGCGUGUUUGUCGUGGUGCUGGUACAGAUCCGUAAAAUGCGGGUCAAUAAGCCUUCCAGCAGCAGAAAAGGGUUCCUGCAUGACCUGAGAGUGGUGGCCAGUCUCACCUUCCUGCUGGGACUUACCUGGAUACUAACUUUUGUCGCCUGGGGCCCAGCCAAAACACCUUUGCUGUACCUGUUCUCCCUCCUCAACAGUCUUCAAGGUUUCUUUAUCUUCCUGUUUUAUUGUCUGAUGAAAGACACUGUAAGGAAGCAGUGGAGGAUACAUUUCUGCUGUGGAAGAUUCAGACAGACUGAAUACUCAGACUGGAGCCGUUCUGUGACACUGGGGGCCAAAGCGAAAGGUGGUCUAAAAGUCUCCUCACCGUCCAUGAACUCAGAGACUACCAGUGAAAGGAAGAUCUCCGAUACCUCAAACUCAGGGACCAGCCAUAAUGGUGUUUUCCUGACACAGCACAGAAAACAAUAAAAAGAGG